AUGCCUGAUGCCGCCGACGGUCCUAGGAUCCCAUCGAGGAGCCGCAGCUCCUCGCAUAACCCUCUCCAGGACCAUGUUCUGCCGUCUGUGGAGCUCACCUCAUCUUAUAGCCCCUCCUCCACGGGUCCAGGAACACCUACUUCCUCUGUAACUGACUUAGGUGACCACGAAGAUAAUCAACGCGCCCUCACACCUACAACGCAAUCUUUGUUCCAGAAUUUACGCCUAAGCGAAGGGGAGAUCCACGAGGCUACUCAGUCUACGCAUUCUUUGUCCAACGGCCAGCAAGCUUCUGGUUUGACCCCAACCACUCGCCGAACAACAUACAUGGACCUCUACAAUGCGACCCCCGCUCCAGAAAGUGCUCCCACAACCGGGCCUCAGGAAACGCUACAGACACCUACUUCUCCAUUGGGUGAGGUGAGCUCCGGCUUACAAAACCUCGUCUUAGCGGAACCAGACGAGGCGGCAGCUGAAGUCUCAGAUGAAAACAGUAGUUCCGCAUCGUGGCAUUAUAAUGGAGACCGGGAUGAUGACGGUGAUCAUAUUUACAAUGUUCGGGAAGAGGAGCUUCCGCGGGCUCCGAUAUACGAUAUUCGGCUCCAAAAUGCACUGCGGAACGUGAGAGGUCAAAUUGCGGACCUCGCACAGUUUAUUGGUGAGCGCGAGCUGACGCAUGACCCAACCAGUGACAUUCAUGGGAAGAGCAGCGUUAUCAAUUCUAUCCUUGACGAAAAUGGACUCGCGCGUUCAAGCGGAGAUGGGGCUGCCUGCACCACUGUUGUCACCGAGUUUCGCAAUGUGGAUGAAAGUUAUCCGGAUAAUUAUACUGUCAAAGCGGACUUUAUGGACAAUGCAGAGAUUCGCGAGCUUUUUGAGGAACUGCUGUCGAACGUCAGGAGAUAUUACACGGAUGCCUAUCGGGAAGUCACCCAAGUUGAGGAGCAGGAGAACAUUAGGAUCGCUGCCACAAGGGCUUGGAAUACCUUCCGGUCUCUUUUUCCUAAUCAGCCGCAGCUUGAACUUGACUUCUUGUCCAGGGAUGGAGAAGAUGCCGCAGAAUCUAUUGUGUCAACGUUAGUCGAAUGGGCUAUAGCUAGGUUGGAUAGCCAACCAGGGGGGCGCGACAGGCUCGAGCAGCCCCGGGUGGCGAAUCAUGCUGAUGAAUGCAUGGAACUUUUGGAUAGCCUGACGACUGAUCAUGGUGGCGGUGAUGGAACGGCUUUAUGGCCUUUUGUCAAGUUGAUCAGGGUCUAUCUACGAUCACCAAUUCUUCGCACUGGUUUGGUUCUGGCUGAUCUUCCAGGAAUCUUGGCUGACAGGUUUUUUAGGGUUUGGGGAUUUAAACUACGCUCGCAUACGGGCGACUGA